UUUAAAACAUUUUUCGAUAACUUGAUGUGCUAAAAAAAUUUGUCUUUCGAAAUUUUGCACCUAAAAAGUAAAAAAGAGAAGAUGUGUCUCUACUUGUACGUUAUUGAACGAAUUCAUUAGCCACAAAACGUGGACACGUUUUCCUCCAUCCAUGUCUCUGUAAUCGUCAUGGGCAUUGGGAUUAGAUGGCGCUUUAAUCGUCAUGGGCAACAUUGAUUGGUGUCUUAUUAGUAGGGACAGUGUUAGAAACGUGUUAAAAAAAAAGUUCAUCUUCAAAUUUAAGCAACGGGAACAGUGGUGGAAAUUCCAAAUUUGGAGGGUUAAGAUUAUCCCAAAAGCUAAACAUUGUGUUGGGUGUAUUAUCCAAGAUGUUAUUUCUUCGACAAUGACAUUAGAAAAGGAAUUAUAACUAACCUUAUGGGUGUGUUUUUAUAUAGGCCAACAGGGAUCUACGUAACAUAUGCCAACAUUGAUCUAUCUCCCAUGGCCACUCUCCUUUUCAGGUCCGCAGUUUUCUUCCUCCUUCUUCUUUUUCAGCUUCCUUCCUCCUCCGCCGGCGUCUCAUCUAGGUCAGUUAAGCAUCUUCCUGGGUUCUCAGGUCCUCUUCCGUUCGAACUCGAAACCGGAUAUGUGGGUGUGGGCGAAAGAGAGGAAAUCCAACUAUUUUACUAUUUUGUAAAAUCAGAAGGAAAUCCUAAAAAUGAUCCCCUCAUUGUCUGGUUAACUGGAGGCCCAGGUUGCUCUUCUGUUUCAGGAUUUGCCUUUGAAAAUGGUCCUCUAAAUUUCAAGAUAGAGGAAUAUAAUGGGAGUUUACCUCAACUACAGUUAAACCCUUAUUCAUGGACAAAGAAUUGUAGUAUAAUAUUUCUGGAUUCACCUGUGGGCUCUGGUUUUUCCUAUGGUAAAACUUUACAAUCUCUCAACUCAGGAGAUCUUACUCAAGUUCAUCAUAUUCAUCAAUUUUUGAGGAAGUGGCUGGUCGAACAUCCUGAGUUUACAUCAAAUCCAUUUUACGUUGGUGGAGACUCAUAUUCUGGUAUUACUGUUCCAGCGAUUGCUUAUGAAAUAUUAGAAGGAAAUAAGCACAUCUUACCUGCAAUAAAUCUUCAGGGGUAUAUCUUGGGGAAUCCUGUCACGGACACUAAUACAAAUGAUAAUUACGCAAUCCCAUUUGCUCAUAGCAUGACACUCAUUUCCGAUGAAUUAUUUGAGUCAUUAACAAGUAGUUGCAAAGGAGAAUAUAUGAAUAUUGAUCCCUCUAAUACAGAGUGCUUAAGACAUUAUGAUACCUAUGAAAAGACCAUUUCGGAAAUUAAUAUUGGCCACAUUUUGUUCCGGCACUGUCCACCGGACUCUGCAAAACCACAAGGAUUUAGUCGAAGAAGAAGAUCUCUUUACAACAGUAAUCAAGUACUUGAAGAACCGAAGCCACCCCUUCCAACUCUUGGCUGUCCAACAUAUCCAUAUGUACUUGGUUCCUAUUGGCUUAACGAUAAUCAAGUUCGAGAAGCACUACACAUACGUGAGGGAACCAUUGGAGAAUGGAUUAGAUGUAACCUUCAAGGUGAAUAUACUUAUGAUAUUACAAAUUCUGUCCCUUAUCAUGCGAACCUCAGCUCUCGAGGUUGUCGAUCUUUGAUUUAUAGCGGAGAUCAUGAUUUCAUGGUACCAACUUUAAACACUCUAACAUGGAUUAAAUCAUUAAACUAUCCCAUCGUGAAAGAUUGGAGGCCAUGGUUUAUCAAAGACCAAGUUGGAGGGUACACAAGAACCUAUGCCAAUGGAAUGACAUUUGCCACUAUAAAGGGUGGAGGGCACACAGCAGAUUAUGCACCAGAACCAUGUAGCGUUGUUUUCCGCCGUUGGAUAACCAAUAACUCAUUGUAAAUUAAUGGUUCCAAAAUUUUGCUUUUCAUCCUUUUUUUUCUUUCUUUUGGUAGUUUGAAGUAUUUAUUACAAAUAAAUAAAAUCAUGGACAAUUAUUUAA